CAUUGUCGACAAAGGUUUGAGUUGGUCAACUGGUAGCGGUUGGUCUCAAAAACUCACAGUCUCGCGAUCCAAGAGUUCUUACUUCUUAAGAUAUUAUAAUGUCUUCCUGGCCUGCUCCUGCUUACCCUCCGCCUCGUCGCUCGCGUUCUCGCUCCCCUCCUCGUGGUGGUCAUCCUCGACCACCAUAUCCAGACACUGGGUAUCCUCCGGACCAGUACAGAGGUAGCUGGGAUCCACAUGAGAGGGAUAGGGAGAGAGCAUGGGUCGAGUAUGAACGAGAUAGAACUUCACAUGAUUUUACUCGUCGCAGAAGCCGUAGUCCACCACCGGACGAUAGCAGAAAACGUCGCAGGUCCGUUUCACCUUACGACAGGGAAAGAGAGCGAUAUGAUCCACGCCCGCGUUACGGCGAUGAUUAUGAUGCGCAUUCGCGGGUAUACAGCUACAGGUCUCCUCCUAGAACUCAAUUUGCGCCCCCGUAUCCCCCCCGCAGGGCGCCCGCAGACCCACGCACACUCGACCAUCCAGCAACCCUGAAGCAAUAUGCUGAAUGGUUUAGAUACGCAUUCCCUCAACAAGCUGCCGACGAGGAUACUGCCGACAAGGCAGCAGAGCAAGAAGCCGGCGAUGGUUCGAAGCCUCGCAAUGGCAUUCGCUCUCGUUGGGAGAAAUACAAGAAGGAUUUCGUUGCAACCCAGUUGCAGACCAUGUUUGAUCACCAUAGGAAGUCCCCGUGGUUUGCAGAGAAGUAUGACCCAGCUAUGGAGUUGGUUGCUCUACGCCGUCGUGUUCGAAAGGAAGGUUGGAGAGGGCGAUUAAACACGUUUCUGCUAGACCUCGAGUCGGGCAAGUUUGAUCCUGACUUGAGCGAGCCUGAAACAGACACAACUUCUCCCGUUAAGGAGAUAAUCGAGGCUGGUGAGGAUGCGAAGACCGGUGGCGAUGAUGACAUGCAGUUUAACCUCGACGCUGAGGACGACGCUGGUGAACAGGAGCCCAGCCGUGCUGAGGCCAACGGGAAAACUGUAAAUGACAACAAGCGCAAUAAUCGUGGCGAAGAGAUUGCCGUCGCUCCGGAGGGCAACCAGGUCAUGAUCCGGACUAUUCCGCCUGAUAUUGGUCGUGUGAAGCUGGAGGAGGCAUGUAGUAAGGUGCCAGGAUACAUGUACCUAGCACUCGGCGAUCCUCUUCAGAAACGCAACUACUAUCGCGCUGGGUGGAUCAGAUUCUGUGACGAUGCUGAUAUGACAGUUGUAAUGACUGAGUUGACUGAUAAAAAGAUUGAAGGCUUCAAGCUUCAUGUUGCUCACACUGUUAAGCCCUUUGUAAACAGAAUUCGCUAUGUCCCAGAAGUCGCCAGCAAGCCAGACCGCAUCGAGAAAGACCUUGCGAACGCAAAGCUCUUGGCCUCUAUUUUAGAGGAAGAGGCUGCAGCACUACGCCAAUUUAAUCCAGCAGGGCAUGAGUCCUCGGCAACCAACGGAGAUGCAAAACCCGUGGAUGCUGUGAUGAGUGAUGCACAUGCAGACCAUGAGGAUGAUCCGGAACCAAAAGAAUCCGGAUCUGAGGCUAUAGAACGGAGGAUAGAGAAGAUUAUGGCAGACCUUCGCGACCAGGGAGUGGAUGAUGAAAAAGUCAUGGAGGCGAAGAAAGCUGUUAUCUCCCUGGACUUAUAUCUUGCCUACCUUCGGGGAGCGUUUCACGCAUGCUACUACUGCGCUGUUGUUACCGAUCAUCUUGAAGAAUUGCAGCGUAAGUGCUUACAGCACGUGAGGAAGCCUCUGUCCAAGUCACUGCUUGAGGAGGUAAAGGCUGCUGAGGCUGAGAAAGAAAAAAAGGAAAGGGAUGAUGAGAAAGAAAGUGAUGCACCUUUACCCCCUAAGCCAACCGAGAGCAGAGACUGGAAGCGCAAUGAUGAGCGCUGGUUGGAGUGGUUUGACAGCAAGAUUGCGCUGCUGAUCAAUCGCAACGACCUAGACCCACGUGAAUAUGGUGGCAAGAGUUACGACGAGGAGCUGAGCAAAGCAGUUGAGCAAUUCAUCAAGCAGGAAGAUGAGGGCAGGUUCCGGUGCAAGACUUGCCAGAAGCUAUUCAAGGCUACCUCGUUUGUUGAGAAGCAUGUCGCGAACAAGCACCCUGAGCUCGUGAAGCAGCUCGACGAGGUCCCUUACUUCAAUAACUUCGCGCUGGACCCACAUAGAAUCCAGCCGUUCACACACCCACCUCCUAUCACCGGGAACAGCCAGCCUCCCCCCCAAGCGUUCGGCAUUCAAGGACACGCGGUGGUCUACCCGCCUCCCGAUUUUGGCCGACCGAAUCCAUAUCUUACUUAUCCUGCUGCGUUCCCUCCACCACCACCCUAUGGAAAUAAUGGUCACUGGGAUCAUUUCGGAUAUCAAUACGGGCCUCCAGGGUUGUUUCCUGCUCCUCCGCCUCUCCGAAGGGAUGAAGCAACCACUGCUCGCAGGCUGAGUGAUCGUAUCAGCGGCUAUGCCCCCAAUCUGGAGCAGCCGAUGGAAGUUACAAUUCCCGCAAAUGCUGGACUUCCCGCCAAGCCGCAAGUUACUAUGGACCUUGGCCAGCCUGCGGCGGACAUUAGCAGGAAAGUUCGCCGAGGAGGAGCUACGAACUCAGGUCCACCGCCCCCUCCGCCACCCGAUGCGAAGGAAGAUCCCAGGGCUGCUGGGGGCAAGAAAGUCAGCUACCACGACAUGGACUCGGUUGCUGAAGGAGAUGUCGAGUUGACUUACUGAUGUGAUGAUACAUACGUGAUAUAACUUUUCUGCGGUUCGCAAUAUAUUUUGGUGAUUAUGUCGCAUGUUGGAAGCGCCGAGGAGGUAUUCAAAUAUUCAUGCACUG